AUUCAACAUGAGAAACGGGUGCCAGAGUCCAAGAAGCCUCGAGUCAAUCACAUCGGCGGUUGACCAUGGCGGACAGCGACAGCGACGAUGAGCUCAUGAGCCGCCUGACCAGCAUGGGCAUGGGCUUCGCGGUCGUCUCGGGCGAGGACUGCGCCUACUGUGCGACUUCCAACGCCUCGUUGUCCUGCACCAUCUGCAGCAAGGCCUAUUACUGCAACGAGACCUGCAAGAGAAGACAUGCCCGUGCACACCGUAACCUCUGCAUUAAGAUGAGGAUGGAGAAGGAAGCGGCCGAGGAGGAGGAAGAGGACGAGUCGGAAGAAGAAGAUGACGAGAGCGACUCGGAGAGCGAAGACGUGGCCCACGCUCCACUCUCAUCAGGGCGUAGACCAAGUGGAGGCGUGGCUAUCCCUGGGCUCACGCCGAAUCAGAUCAAGAAGCUGCUGGACUUGGCAACCAAAAGCGAUGCAGCCACUACGAGUUCGUCCAUUGAUAAGCUACAGAAGCAGAUCUCACAACUUAUGGCAGACAAAAAGAACGGAGUGACAAGGGAGAGAGGGUCUUCUGGUGCCAGUCUGAAGGAGAUUAAGGCUCUGCAACAGAAACUCACUGAGUUAGAGAAGAAGACACAGAGCGUGGCGUAUGCACCUCAGAGUGGAGGCAUGACGAUGGCCAGGAGUGUUUACACGCCGCUACUGGUGAAGGACGACCCGGAUUUUACGAAAUAUUUCAAGCUGAAGAGCAUGAACAUGCCGAUCGACCAGAUCAAGACAAAGAUGAAGUCUGACGGAGUCAGUCCUGAUCUAUUGGACACGCCCGAUGCAGUGUCUCCGAACGACUCGGGUCCGGAGAAAGGAGCCUAUAUUCCUAUGACUGUGGCUAACGAUCCAGCGUUCAAGAAAUAUUUCAAGUUGAAGGACAUGAGUAUGCCAGAGGAUCAGAUCAAGAUGAAAAUGGAGGCGGAAGGCGUGGAUCCAAGGCUCCUGGAUACCCCGAACAGUGUGUCACCUAACGACCCUGGUCCACCGCUGCAGAUUCCGUCCGGGUAUCCGUCGAAUGGGGCUCCGCUUUCUCCGCUGCAAGGAGCAAGCGGUGGCUUUAGCUGGCCUUCAAUGCCCGCUGCGGCCCCCGUUGUUCCAUACGAGCCACUUUAUGUUAAAGAGGACCCGAAAUUUGUGAAAUACUUCAAAUUGCGACAAAUGGGCAUGCCCGACGAGCAGAUCAAGCUCAAGAUGAAGGCGGAAGAGGUGGAUCCUGAUCUUCUCGAUCAUCCAGACCAGGUGUCGCCCAACGAUCCCGGUCCACCGGUUCAAGCCCCAACCUCCCCUACUGGCCCUGUCUCAAUGGAACAGCUCUUCAGCAUUCUAAUGCAACACCAGCAGAUUAUCCAGCAAGUAUCAAACGGGGGAAGUUUAAGCGGGUCACGUGGUCGUGGCAGCAGCGGUGGAGUGGACGGCAUGCCACCGCGAUCAGUAGAAGACCAAAUGGCCCAAGAACUCGCCGCUGCAGAGAGUGCUAUCGACGACAUAUUCGGUGAUGAAUCCCAGCAAUCAAAAGGUCCUGGUGGUAUGAGUAUGAUCGAGCAGCUCGAGAAGAAGGCACGGAAAGAAAGCAACAAGAAGCUCGUGGAGAACCGUGACGAAGUCAAUCGCCUAGUGGCCGAGCUGUUGACUACGAAGCUGUCUACUGAUGAAGAGGCCAUCUCGUUUUACAAAACGAUCGCUCCUAAGCUGGAGGAGUACGGGCUUUCUCUCGGUACUGACUCCGUCCAGACCUGGUCUUCGCGUCUUCUCAUCAAGAACAAGGAGACACGAGACUGGUAUUUCUCAGAGCAGGAACGACUGGAUGCUGGUAAGGCUUAUGGACGUCUAUGGGGGCUUUCCUUCCUGGAACGCGACUCUGGUCAGUUGAUCGCUAAGCGUGUGCAGAUUCUAAAUGCUCCUGCUACAUUGCGCGCGAUUGCGAAGGGCAAACCGGAAUUGAUCGACAAGUUCACGCAGUUACUGAAGGACACGGUGAAGCUCAAGCACAAAGUAUUUAAGAGCGGCUCAUAUGCAGCGGAAGUGCGUCAACUGCACGCGUUCAACAUCCCCGAGCGCUUUGAACAGCGCGGCACAGAACUCAUCGACUCUGCCACGGUGUUAGCUGAUGCCUCGAUGGAUUUGGCUGAAGAAGAGUUUAAAUCGUUGGAGAAUACUACACGAGCCAAGAAGAUCCGAGCGAGGGCUGUCGUGCAUGUUGCCGAGAAGGCCGUGACUUUAGUUGGUAUCGUCAAGAAGAUUGGCGCCAAUGGAGUGAACGAACUGCGACUGAGAGAGGUGGAAGCGAACGUGGCAAAGAUCAAGGAAAUGUAUCUAUCAGGAGAACAAGAAGAGGAAGAAGAAGACGAUGUGCUGUAAGGGAAAACUUGGCGUACAUCUUCCAGAGGGGAAGCAGACAUAGGGCACUUAAGCAUAAGCAAGCACUUUUUUUUUUUUUACGAAUCUAUUGACGAACCUGACCGAAGAGCGAGCGGAAGAGCUCGUCCACGUCCAUUUCGGGCUUCGGGUAAGGCUCUGGGAACAUGAAGUUCUCGAGUUUGGGGUGCACCGUGUAGCGUAGUUGACGGCCUUUGCUGGCCUUGCGGUUG